AUGCUAUAUUUAUAUACAAAGCAGAUUUGGACGAAAUGGCUCAAUUAUGAGUAUUUAAAUUAUAGUAAGAAAUGUUUAAAGGAUGUGAGGUUAUUGUAUGGCUUCAAAGGUAACCAUACAUGCUAUUUUUCAAUCAGCGAUAAAAGUAAUAUGAAUGAUAAGAGUAAUAAUAUAUAUGUUAAUAGUAAAAAUAAUAAUUGUAAUAAUGUUGAAGAGAACCAUUAUAUAAAAGAAUAUGAUGAUAAAACAAAAUCAAUUAUUGAUCACCUGAAGAAUAAAUACGAUAUAACAUCUAACUCUUUAAAUUUUGACAUAAAAAAAACAAAAGGAGAAGAAGAAAAUGUUUUCGAUAUUGGAUAUACCUGGAGCAAUUUUUUCAAAUGUGAAAAAAGUUUGUAUAAUGUUAUUAGUAAAUGUGUAAGUACAGAUGUAAUAGAUAAUUAUCUGCAUUCCUAUUUAAAUUAUAAUGAAGAAGAUACAUACUUAAAAGAUUGUUAUAAAGAAGAUAUUCUUUCUGAUAAUAUAAAUAUUGAUAAUAUAGAGAAAAGAGUUAACAAUAUACUUAUAUAUAUUACAUCCUUUUAUUAUAAGAAUAUUCGAGAUUAUAAUAUGAUAUCCAUAUUGAGUGAUAAAUUAAUACAUUUAUGUAAAAAGAUUGAUUCUAUUAAUUAUAAGAAUAGUAAGUUAAUAUUUAAUAUUUGUAAUGUGUAUAAUAAAGUGAUGGCACUAAACGAUGAAUUGUUUUUCAUUCUUUUUAAUAUAUUAAAUAAAAUAUAUGUACAAGAUAAUAAAAAUAAAUAUAUUGUGAUAAAAGAUAAAGAAGUUUUGUUAAUAUUAAAAACAUUAUACAAUCAGAAUUAUAAAAAUCAUAUAAUAGUAGAUACGAUAAUUAGUUAUAUAAAAUAUGGAUCUAACUUAAAUUCUGAUAUAAUUGUUGAUACUUUUUAUUAUUUAACUUUACUUUCAAGAAUAGACCUGAAAUUAUUUAAGAAGAUUCAUACAUAUAUAUAUAAUAAUAUACCAGAUGAAGAAAAAAUGAAUUCCUUCUUUUCAUCUUUGAACAAAACAAAAUUUGUAGAACUAGAAAAAGAAAACCUUAGUACUUUUGAUAAUUAUGAGAUGAAUACAGAGAUAGUUCAAAACAUUUCUUUUAAAAUAAAUAUAACCCCAAUAAAAUGUAUCAAAUUAUUAUAUUCUUAUAUAGUUUUGGAUGAUGAAAAUUUCCUAAACUUUUAUAUUAUAGAGAAAUUAUUAGUAACACUGUGUGAUAGUUUAAAGGAUAAUGAUAUCAUAUUUAAUGAUGAAAAAGAGUAUUAUAACAAAAAAAAAAUACACGAAAUGAUAUGUAUUAUAAGAACAUACUUACGAUAUAAAAAACCUUUUUUUUAUAAUUAUUUACCAAAAAAUGUAAAAAGAAAAUUAAAAGAAAUAUAUAUAUAUGAUAUAGGAGAAAGAAAAAUUAAAGAAAAAAAAUUUAAUGAUAAAGUAUCUUAUCAUUUAAAAAAGUUAAGAAUUCCACAUAUACAAAAUGUAAUUAAAGGUGGUAUAUUAUUUGAUAUAUUGGAAAAGGAUAAAAAAUUAGUUUGGUUAUGUUUAUCAUAUCAUCAUUAUUAUGUUAGGACAAUUGAUUUAACAGUAGAAAAGUUAUUACAAAUAAACUUAAUAAAAGCUAUGAACUAUAAAAUAUCAAAAAUUCAUUAUUAUCAAUUUUCAAGAAUGAAAGCUAAAAAAACCAGAUUUGAAUAUAUCCGAAUGUGUAGAUAUUAUUCAUUAAGAGAUAGAAGAAACUAUGAUGACGAAUUAGAAGGAUGGAAUUUACCAUAUAUUAAUUGGUACCAUAAAAAAAAUAAAAAUGUUCAUAUAUCUAAUUAUUUUUAUAAUUAUACACCCAUAUCACAAGUUGAAUAUUGA